CUUAAUUAAAUCGAGAAGCAGGCUGUUCAAACUCUUUGUAUUACACUUGUCUCUCAAUAGCUCAAGGUAAAAACGUAAAACCCGGAAUCCUUUUUUUUUAAAAUUCGUUUUGUUUUGUCAAAAUGCACACCACGCCAUGGUGUUGUCGCUGUUUUUAAAAACCCAUAGUGUACAUGCGCAACAACUUGUGUACAAAUGGAGGAAUGUUAGCUACAGACCCUGUCCACUGACUUAGUUGACUUCAAACACAGGUUUGGUCGUGAGUUUUUGGAAGGAUUUGAAUGUUGAAAGCAUGUUGGAUGAUUUGUUGGACUUUUGAGCAUUAUGAACCAUUCCAGAAGUCGCAAGAAGUGGGGCAAUGGGAACCAAGAGUUACAGGUGCCUCUUAAUGUACCUGCAGUGAAGGAAGAAGUCCCGCCCCAGUAUCAGCAUUAUCUCCAUUUGCUACAAGAAAGAAAUCGCCUGGUUCAGAGACUGCGAAAAAAGAGCAAGAAAGAAAUCGAGACUGAAAAGAAAGAAAAAGGUUUUACUCUGUACCUCAAUACUGUGUCAGACCACUCCAGUUCGGACAAAAAGCGACCACAGCGUGCUAAAACAGCAGGUGCAGCUGAUCAGAUGAAGAGGUCUUCUGACCGCUCAGAUCAGCGUGGACAGCUUGUGAGUCAGAGUGGAGGAGCGGGCUCAAGGGCCCGAGAGAAGAGGCGGAACUGGCAGAUUGGUUCUGUGGAGUUUACCACGGCUGACGGCCAGAGACAGAGGGUCAGACCUCCUGAGAUCCUGUCGGGAAAGUAUGCUGAAGACUUUGAUGACGUUAGUUCUGAUGAUGAAGAUGAUGAUGAUGAUGAUGAUGACUCAGCAGAGGUGGUACACAGCAUGUCCUCCCUGGCUCUUGACGAUAGUGUCAGUAGUUCUACUUCCUCCCUAAACACACCACGACGACACAAGACCAGCUAUCUGAAACGGGUGGCGGCGGCUAAAAGAGAGGAGAUAGAGCUGGAAAACAGGGUGGCCAUCAAGAUGGAAGAUGUAAAGAAAUUAAGAGAAAGCCUUCAGAUGAACAAGUUCAUUCGCCAGAGUUUAGCUUUGGAUGCGGACUCGGAUAUCGAGGAAGAUAUCUGUGAAGAAUUGGCGCAGGAGUCUGAUGGUGAGCGUAUCUCUCCGAUCGGCGAGGAGAUAGAAGAGCUGAUCUAUGGGGCUGAUGAGAACGACAAUCAGGGCACAGACAUGAAGCCAUUGAAACUGUUCUCACCUGGCGACACUCUUGUCCUGGAGUUCCAGCCCUUACAACCAAAGGUCAAAUCCGGUGCUAAUCUUACUGCAGCUCGUAAGAAAACUCCAGACACUUCCACAGGGCACCAAGGGAAGCCGACAUCUGCCCCAGCGUCCUCUAACAAAUCAGCUGUCCCGAGGGUACCUGACAUGAGAUCGUCACAGUCAAAACCCGGGUCCAGCAAAUCUGCCCGGCCAUUGUCAGCUAACAGACGCAGUUCAGACUGCAAAGCAGAUACGCGAGAGGAAGCAAGUGCUGUCAUGCGGGCUCUUGCAGAGGAGAAUAAGAAAGCGGAACUGUUCUCAAAGGUGUCACGACCGCUUCCACGUCCUAAGAGCCCAAGUGUUGGUGACAAAUCGUCCUCUUCAUCUGCGGACAAGGCCAAACCCCCGACCCCAGUUAGGUCAUCAGCCGACCCGGAACCCACACGGGCUUCUGGAGGUAUGACCUCACAGGUCAAGGCAGAUGGGUCACCAAUCAACAAUGUCAUACAGAAGGUGCUCAAGAUGAAUCCAAAGCAGCAGAAACAACUACUGCAGACGCUCAACCACAUAGAGGUGGCAGACUCCGGGCUGCAGAAUGAUGUGACAGCUCCGCCUUUGUGCUCCAUGGCCUCCAGCUGGUCAUCGAAAGCCCCUGUGACUGAUCGCCUUGAGGUCACGGUGGAGAUCUCGUCGAACUGGGGUCACCCGUCACUGGUGGGCUUGACAGAGUUACAGUUUUUUGACCAGUCAGGUCUCCUGGUGCCAAUCAAACCGUCAGAUGUCUCUGUGCAUGGGGCACGUGGGGAGACCAGUAAAGUGGAAGUUCUUUUCAAUGGCAAGUCAAAGACCACCAAAGAGAGGAACAUGUGGAGCUGCAAGUUUGAUGGUCGCCCCAUAGAGUUUUCUAUUCUGCUCAUCAACCCGCUGCCAGGCAAGCCCUUUAACCUCGGUGCCGUCAAAGUCUGGAACUGGAACAACAAGAUUAGUAACUUGGACAUAGGAGCCAAAUGCAUGCGGAUUUUCUUUGGCGGAGAGCUUCUCUUCUCAGGCGACGUUGACAAAGGUUGUGGAAACCAGGUUUUUGACUACAGCAAGCAUGUCGUGUUCUCAUCCUCCCUCAGAAACAGCAACUCGGUCUCAUCAUCAGGCAUCAAAUCCAAACCGCCCGGCCUUUCUUUGAAUCUCAACAAGAGGACGUCAACAGGGGGUUCCUAUUCUCCCACCUCUAAUAACUCUGUGGUGGAUCAAACAGGGCCUGGGCCGGCUGUCGCGCGGAUGACCUCCCCUUCGAAAGGUCUUGUCUCACCAUCAAGGGGAAACAAAAACAGUAAUCCUAAUACGCCAUCUUCUGGGAGCCAUCACGUUUUUCGAAGUAUCUCUCGGUCAUCUCAGUCGUCAGCCUCCUCUUCAGGGUCAGUCAACUCAGGAAAGGUCAGAGGUCAGAGCGAGGAGAGGAACCGGCACAAGCACAGUGUGGAUGGCCAAGUGGGUGAAGGGCAUGUUCGCAGCGAGACUCGUACUCUGAUGAGACCGACCGUGCUCACGCACCAAGGAUCGGGCGGUUCCAGCCCUGAUGUGGAAGUGUCAGCAGCAGAUCUGUCCAAGAUGCCGGAGAAGAAAAAGGCUGCCCAGACUCCCAUCAAGACUAAGCGAGUGGCGGCAAGACUCAAUGGCCGUUCAUCGGAAACGGAGAACUCUUCAAAGUCCAAUGCUGACAGUUUUGAGUCGAAGCCUCCUCUACCACCAUGCCACAAGUCGGACGACAAACCAGUCCUGUCGUCUGCAUCCAGGUCUGUGGAGCGUUCCUCCUCGAGCAGCACUCGGCCCAAACUGUCACCAAAGUCCUCCAAGUCAGAGCCCCACAUUUCCCCGCGAGGCUCCUCCUCACCACAUCGCAGUGCUGCCAACACCAGUAGCACAGGGGGAGACAGCAGGCCUGCCGAUCCUCAGGAGAAAAAUUCCAUUGUGGAUAAGAUUAAGACCAUGGGGCAAAGUGAGAACAAGAAGAAGAAGGACAUUCCGCGAUGGCUGAAGAAAGAUGGAGCGACAGGUGAAGAUGGAGAGGCCAGAGGAGAUAAAACAGGCCUCAAUAAUCCUGAUGAGACAGAUCUGCAGAAACAGCUGGAUGAGGAAUUUGAGAGAUUCUCUUCUGCUGGAACUGAGGAUCAAAACAAAGGCGAUGGGGCUCCAGGCGAGGAGGAGGACACCAUCACUCCCAUGAAGAAGAUUGAAAAGUCCCGGGCCAAGUGGCGUCGGAAAGAGGAGGACCUGGAGGAGUCCUGGGGGUCUUUGUCCUUCUUCAACAAGUCUCAGCGAGGACGCCUCUCAAUAGACAUGGGUGAUGAUGAACUAGACGAAUACUUGGCUCCAAGCAAGAAACCAUCAGUAGAGGCAGAACCGGCUCCAAAACUGACAUUGCCAGAGGACAAUUGGUCUGAUGAAGAUGGGGAGUUCACCAUCCCUGAGCUGCCUUCUGGCCGUGAGCUGGUCAUCAACAUCAAGACAACCUGGGGUGACCAUCACUAUGUGGGACUGACUGGGGUGCAGCUCUUUUCCAGCCAGGGGGAACAGGUGCAAGUGACAAAGAUUUGGGCCAACCCUAGUGACAUAAACAUCCUUCCAGAGUAUGCAAAAGACCCACGUGUAGUUGGCAAUCUCAUUGACAACGUGAAUCGAACUCGGGAUGAUGUGCACAUGUGGCUGGCUCCGUUCACUGUUGGAAACAACCACCUCAUCUACAUGACGUUUGCAAAGCCAUGUCAGCUUGCCAUGGUCAGGGUGUGGAACUACAACAAAUCUCGCAUCCACUCCUUCCGUGGAGCCAAAGAUAUCAUCAUCACCUUAGAUGGUACUGAGAUUUUCAAGGGGGAGAUUGCCAGAGCUUGUGGUGGUAUUGAAGGAGGGACAGAGGCAUUUGGAGAUACGAUUUUGUUCACGACUGACGAGACCAUCCUGGAAGCUGUGUCAAAGAACGAUGAUGCCUUCGAGGGAGAAAUGUUGAGUGAUGGAGAAGAGGAUGUGCCUUUUGAGCGACCGAGCACUGCAGAUGCUGAUGAUGAUGAUCAGGAAGAUAAGAAGGUGCUUGUUACUCGGCCUUUCACGCGAGCUGCUGGUCUCCUCGCUGCUGCAGAAAAGGGCAAGGAGAAACAGCCUCUGUCUGCCAGGCCUGGCACCAGUAUGGUGACCAGUGUGGGGGAUGUGGUUGUCUACAAGGCCAACAAGAUUGAGCUGUCGUUCUCCGCCACAUGGGGCGACCACCACUACUUGGGCCUCACCGGACUUGAGCCUGUUGGCACUGAAGGGGAGGCAAUUCCUCUCACCAUGAAGAUGAUCACUGCUUCACCCAGCGACCUGCGCCACUUGGCCGGCAAUGAGAAAGAUGAGAGAACUCUAGACAAGUUGAUUGAUGGCUCCAACGUAACUUGCCAUGACUCUCACAUGUGGCUCAUUCCUUUUGCCGAGGGGGAGAGCCACACCGUGACCCUGACCUUCCCGCAGCAGAUGCUGGUCUCAGGCGUGAGAGUGUGGAACUACAACAAAAGUCCAGAGGAUACAUACAGAGGGGCCAAGGUGAUGCAUGUACAAGUCAACGAUAGAGUUGUUUCCCCUCCUGAAGGCUAUCUGCUCCGGAAAGGUCCGGGGGUCUGUCAUUUUGACUUUGCUCAAGAGAUCACGUUUGCCAAUUCUAGUGUUCCUAGUCAGCCCAGCACAGUGGACAGACCUAUGGGAGGAGGAGAGCUGAACUAUGAGAGUGUGGUGCAAAUGCCUCGAGGCUUCAUAUUUCAGUUUCAGCUGUUUUCCACAUGGGGUGACCAGUACUAUGUUGGUCUUAAUGGUCUAGAGUUUUAUGAUGUGAACUUCAGCAAGAUCGAGCUCACACAGACUAAUAUUUCAGCAUAUCCAGACAGUGUGAACGUCCUGGACAAUGUCAGCAACGACGCUCGCACGCCUGACAAACUCAUAGAUGGACUAAACGACACAGCAGACGGGAGGCACAUGUGGUUGGCUCCAGUGCUGCCUAAUAUCAUCAACCGUGUGUAUGUAAUCUUUGACCAGCCGACUUCGGUGUCCAUGAUCAAAAUGUGGAACUACAGCAAAACCGUCAGCCGUGGGGUGAAAGACUUUGCUCUCUUGGUGGACGACCUGCUGGUGUAUAAUGGUACCCUCCAGGGGGUGACCAGUGGCGCUCGAGGCAUCCUACCCAACUGUGAAGGGCCGGUGCCUCACCACACUGUGCUCUUCUCCGACAACAAGGACAUUGUACGCAAAGAGAGGAAUGCCAUCAUUAGUAACCAGACAGAGGAUCAGGAUAUUCAGCUGCUCAAUGACAAGCAAGUGGUCAGCAAAUUUGCUAAGUCAUCGUCCAGCAAACCUGUUAAUCAAGCGCUACGGCCAAAGACCAGUGUCACAAAAACUGCACGCAGAUGACAACAGUAGUACCUCCAGUCAUAGCCCACAGAACAAGAAUAUUGACACUCUUUUAUAUCUAUCUUUUUUUUGCUCUAUUACGAUGUUUUGAAUCCUUGUCAUUGUCAGAUGAAAGGACAUGUUUAAGUUGUUAAUCCUCGUUACGUCCAGUACAUUUUUCAGUACAAAUUGUGUGUCCUGUGUGAGAUUGAGAGUCUGAAACUGCAAGGGUUGGGGAGGUCUCUCUUGAUAUUUUAAGGACCUAGAACCAAAAUGUUAGAUCUGCAACAUUAGUAUAGUGUCAUAUAUAUUGCAGAUAGAGCAUUUUAACUCUAGGUUUCCCCCCAUUCAGGGCGUUUGCUAAAUUGCUUGAUUGCUUGUUAUUUUAUGGGCAAUUCUUUUUUAUUUUGAUUUUUUGCGAAGGAGACUGGAAACUAUUUAUAGUAGUGCGUCUGUCUUGGAUACUCUCAGGUUCUUAAUGUGGGGUCUUUGUCCUUGUUACAGGUUUUGUUUAGCCUCUGGCAUAUCACUCAGUUGAUGAUUUUUUUAUUUUUUUAUUUUUUAUACAAAGAUUAUUACUUCACGAGACCCAAUGCAGGUCAUUUCAAAAUAUUGCAACUUGGUCAUCGUCCAAAGUGAGGGCUGAGAAGGGGGAAAAAGCAUUCCAGGAAAGAUGAGAAAAUUCUGUUUCCCCUGAAGAUUUUAAGUCCUUACCUUCAAGUGUUUGUUGAGUUCAGUCUCAACAAAUUACUGUGAAGUGUUGACGGGAGUGAAAAUCGAUUGUUACUCAUUUUGUUCAUUAAUAAUGAUUUUAUUUUAAUUGUUGCUAGGCUGGAAAGCAAAAUUAUUUGUCGGUGUUUCAUUCUAAAAGAUAAGAAAAGUGACACUUGCUAGUAUAUUAUAUAAAAUUCCUCCACCAUGUUGUGAGCUUGAGCGACAUUGUGCAUACAGCACAGCAAUUCAUCACAUACCAAGAGAAUCUCCAUGUAGAUCUUGUGUCUCAAAGUUCCAUGCCUUAAGGCAAGUACAAAGUCAUAAGUGAGAACAGUUUUGUCAUCAGUGGUUUUUUCCUGAAUUAAAGAAUGAUUUUUGUUGCAAGGGGGGAAGCCUUAUUUAUUCUGAACUCGCUUGUGACUUACAGUACAGUUUGUUCUAUGCCAGGCAUUCCGUGUUUGACAAGAAAGCUUUUUUAUCUCUUGAAAAAAAUAUUUUACGGUGCACUGAAACAUGUCCACAAUACAGGGAGAGCAUAAUGAUCCUUUUAGUGUGAGGAAUUGUAAUGAAAUGUCUACUGAAAACUGUUAAAGUUUUGAUCCUUUUCAAAAGGAUGGGUUUUUUGUUGUCUUUGAUUGUGUCUUGACGUGAACUUGUGUUUCAGUGAACCUCGCAUCCACUAACAAUGUUGUACAUUUCGAAAAGGAAAAGAAACUCCCUUUUAUUUAUUCUUUAAAAUUAACAAACCACCUCAGGUAAACAAAUCCUCAAAAGAGCAGGCCUGGAUCCUCAUACAGGGUGACUAGACCAACCAGUGGUAUAACAGAGGGAAACAUGUAAGCAGUGGUCAGAGAGGUGGGGGGGACAAGUGCUUACUGAACUUACUCUCUUCCCUCCCCCCUCUCUCUCUCUCUCCACACACACACAGUUGCCUGAUUAAUUCUUUGUGUGGGGCUCAAUAUUAAUUUUCGAGGAGAUCAGUCAUGGUCAGAAACUGAACAUUUCUAAAGAAUAAACUAAACGUUUCCCACUGAAUACUUGGGUCUGUAACAGCUUGUCCAAUUCUCUGAAGACUAGACAAGUCCCUAACAUUCCCAACAGCCUCGGAUAAAAUAAAUGUUAUUUACAACAGUUUAUACUUCACAGGAGAAGUGAAAAAAGAUGAAAAUAAAGCUGCUAUUUUAUUUGCCAUGAACAUGACAUUGCCUCAUAAUGGUAUAGUAUAGGUUUCUCUAUAGUACUACAAUCAUUUAAAUCUAAAAUGUCUGUACAUUAUUUGCCCAACUUUGCUUUCAUAAAGUCCUCAAUCUGCAAAACGUAUGUUAGACCUAACAAAUACUUUGGAUGGGAGGUUCACUGGUUCUUUGAUUGUUAGGUUAAGCUCCAGCUGUGAUAUUUAUGAACUCUUUAUGUCUUGCAACCUGUCAAAAUGAGUCUUUAGUUAUUUCGAAAUUAAUUGGAAAUUGCUGUGAAAAGUCCAGUGCAAUUCCAAGUUCUAAUUUACUUCUCAUAGUUGUUAUAUUUAUUGUGAAAAGAUAAUAAGCUCAUUUGUCUGACUAAAUUUUAAUUGUAAAAUCUUUGACAGCAAUGUUUCUGAGUAUGGUAGAGAUAUUUCAGUUCGGGGACUCAAAGCUUUGUUUUGACUAUUUGCAGGACAAAUGUCUUUGUUUUUAUACGUUUUGCUAAUUUCGCAUGUCAUAAAGUCAGCUAUAUAUAUGGUCUUGUGGAUCGAUAAUACAUUUCGUAUUAUCUAUUUAAUAGUGUAUGAAAAUCAGGCAUAUGUUUCUGAAAAAAAAUUGUUCAAAGUAGCCCCGAAACUUUGUUCUACAUCUUUAAUAUUUUCUUCUUUUUUUUUUGCUUCUAUCAUUUUGACUCAAUUAGAAGUGUUCAACUACACCAUGCAAAGGUUUGUCAAAACAGAAAUGCUGCAUGUAACUGGGAUUUAGAAGUGUACUGGCAUUUUAGAAACAUGUGCCUAAUUUUUAUGAGCUGCAAGACAUUUUUUUUUUAAGUUUAGUUCAGUAAAAAUGUGACGUGCCAUGAAACUGCCAGCCAGCGCAUAUGUGCCUUUUAAGGUGUGUCCAAGAGAAAUGGCAUUUUCUUUUAUCCACAUUUUAAUAAAAAUUUUGAGUGUAUAGUGAAAUUCAAUUUCUGUUGAAUGCUCCGUCCGCUGGCAAAUUUAUCGUCAGUUCCAUUCAUAUUAUUAUUAUUAGCAUAAUGUACUUAAUUUCCAUGUGUACCCUCCAUGCUAAUCUUGCUGAAGUACAAUAAACUUACAGUAUAUUGAAAGUGAAGUUUAAUA